CCCUGCUCCAGAAACAUACACAACUUGGACUCCUUCAGCUCCUCACUGUCAGGAGUAGUAGGAUUUUCAGCACAAAGGACCUGAGCCCGCUGUGAGAUCUAGAAAGCUGUGGAUCACCAAAACUGAUACUGGAAGCUGCUAAGCUAAGUUUGUUGAUUCCUGGCUUAGUCUUUCUGAUCUGAGGACCUAAUCUGCUUUCAUUCUUCACCCCAAAACCAUGAAGUCUCGUCGAUCAAGCUGCACUGACCCUGGAUCAGAGCCUUCAUCAUCAGACUGUGAGAGUCCAGGGAAAUAUGAGACGUCCACGAGGCGACGGAUGGCUGCCAACGCCAGAGAGAGGAAGAGGAUGCAGGGUUUGAACACAGCCUUUGAUUGCCUUCGCAAAGUGGUCCCUCAGUGGGGCCAGGACAAACAACUGUCCAAGUAUGAGACUCUGCAGAUGGCCCUCAGUUACAUCAUGGCCCUCAACCGGAUCCUGACAGACCCGAGGAGGCACAACGCUCCUUACAAGCAAUGGCUGAACCUGCAGUUUGACUGUGUUCAGCCUGAGAGCUACCCCUGCCUCAUGAGGUACGACUCUCCAGCUGAGGAGGACUGUAUCCACUCAUCGAUCCUAGACCAGUUCAGGAGCCAUCAGGUCCACACAUGAACCACCCACCUUUGAUCGAUAAGGGACAUUAUGUUUGAUGAGGUGACUAGAUGGA